AUGGCCACCGAGGUGCUGAAGCUGUCGGAGACGACCCCGUCCUCUGCCAGCAGCUUGAGCAACUGCGCGCCAGUGGCCCCAUCGAACACGUACGCGGAGCUGGAGCCAGAGCCCACAUCGGUGUCGAAGACGGUCGUCACCACCACCCGGGCCAAGUCGGAGCUCAUGGCCAGCGCGUGGCCGAACCUGUCCCCAGGGGCCAUGUCUUCCGCCGUGAGCUUGAGCAGCUGCGCGCCAGUGGCCACAUCGAACACAUACGCGGCGCCGGACAGGUCGUCGUCCCAGGCCCCCACCACCACUCGGGACCCGUCAGAGCUCACGGCCACCGUGCGGCCGGACGUGUAA